AUGACCGCCACCAUACCCAAUCCUGACCACCAUGACGAGCAGGAUCCCUAUGACUUCUGGCUCUCAAUCGCACAGAACAGGUUUCUUCAUGAAAGCCACACCGACAUCGAGGAAAUGGACCGAGAUAUGGCGGGACUCGCCGAGGCAUUGCGAUUGGGACAUGCGCGGCGCAAUCGAAUGACCCGCGCGGCUUGCAUACCACCCGAGAUUCUAGCAGUCGUAUUCGAGUUCGUCAAGCAGGAGUCUUUCGGCGAAUAUGAGGACAUGGGGGACAAGGAUCGAGGGAACGGAGAGGUCGAAGAAGCGAAGGUCAAAGUGAUGGGAUGGAUCACCUUCUCGCAUAUCUGCCAAAGAUGGAGACAGGUUGCGCUGUCGACGCCUGGCCUUUGGAGGGAGAUCAAGUUCAGCCAUACAGGCCCAAGAUGGGCAUAUGAGAUGGUUCAGCGCUCAAAAGCUGCCCCGCUUCAUGUAGAGCUGGGCUCCGGGCGACAAGCGAACCCUUACUGGCCCUCCGAGGAAGUACUGAGCUUUACAAAGCACAUCUUGCGUACUCAAUCCGACCGCAUCCGUACAUUCACGAUCUUCGGGGAAGACAUCGCGCCACUCGCCACACAGUUGAUCUCGCACGACUCCUUCCCAUCUGUGAAGUUUCUGCAUAUAGAGAAUACCUCGGGCCAAAUCCUGGGCUUGUCCUUCAACAUCCUUGCCAAUCGCGUACCACAGGUGGCAGAGCUCUGCGUCAUCGGAGUACUCUUUCAGGGCGCCCCAAGCAUACCGCUCGAGCAUCUCACGUACUUCGACUUGCAGAUUACGGAAAUUGUUACUCCGGAAUCUGUCUACGGCUGGAACUUGCUCGACAUCAUCGAGGGCAUGCCAGCAUUACAGCAUCUGUACAUCACCGACGCAUACCCCGCAAGCUCUCCUCCCGCGAAACGCGAACCAAUCAUGCUCGCAAAUCCACUCGAGACAUUGACCCUGACCUCGCGCCGCUUUCCGGCUGAAAUGGCGCAGUUCUCCGAGUUCCUUGAGCAUCCGACGACCUUCCGCGACUUUGACUUCUCAGACGCAGAGCCUGAAGUCAUCACACGAGUCCUCGAGCGACACGCCGGGACUGAGCAUCCGCCCCGCUCAAUCUACCUUGAACUUGACCACGCCCAAGACAAGGUUAUCUUCAGUGCGAGCUUCUCGGUCUGGCCGAUAUCAGAGGACGGCAAUACCUCGACGCCGUUGAACGACGUCUCAUUGACAGUCUCAGGUCUCGAGAAGCACGCCGAGGCGUUCAUGAAAGCGAUAGACUUUCGGGAAGUUCAGGAUCUUACGUUCAUGGACGACGACGAGGUGAACGCGCCGAUGCGCUGGAAAGGUUUCGCGACAGCGAACGCCACGAAGCGGAUGCGCGUCAUCGGACCUGCCGCCCACGCUCUCUUUGACAUCCU